AUGGCUCAGGAUCCUUCCGAAUCGAGAAAACCACAGGAGGUUAAAUUCGUUGCACAGUUUUCUUUUGAGUCAGGCAUAAUGGCGUCCCAUCUAUUUUGGAACGUUCUAGCCUCGAUAAUGGUUCAAAAGGUUCUUGAACACGAUGGCCGAUUCGCAGGGCUCAUCCUCAAAAAGUUAGAUAAGGAGCCACAGAAAUCGAAACAAACUCCAGGCAGAGUAGCAAAAACCGCGUCGAAAUCUGCACAAUAUGCUCGACGGAGUUGA